GGCUGUGGGUGAUUUCGAGAAAUUGCGGAUGCACUUAUUCAUACCUGAUGUUACUUAUGGUGAGCGGGAAGGCUGGAUGAAAAAAAGAAGUUGUUCGAAUAACUUCUUCCGCGUGUUUUUCCAACGGAUAUUGGAAACCUAAAACAGCUAUGGCAGAGGCCCACCAGGCAGUUGCGUUCCAGUUCACCAUCACUCCUGAGGGGAUCGACUUGCGCCUCUCAUACCAAGCCCUCUCCCAGAUCUACCUCUCUGGCCUACGCUCCUGGAAGAAGAGGAUCAGCCGCAUGAAGAACAGGGUGAUCAAAGGGGUGUACCCUGCCAGCCCCUCCUCCUGGCUGUUUGUGUUCAUAGCCACACUGGCCGCCAUGUACACACGCUCCGACCUCUCCAUGGGUCUCAUCGCCAAGAUCCGGGAGCACUUACCUGUCAGCAGUCUGAGUGUGCAGGGCCAGACCGUGGUGUCCGUGCUGGUGUUCAGCACCCUGUUGUGGCUGUCUCUCAUCCUGACUUUGAGGUUCUGUCUUAAGCUGCUGCUCUCCUACCACCGCUGGAUGUUUGAGCAGCACGGGCACAUCUCUGCCACCACUAAACUCUGGGUGACCCUGGUGCGCCUGAUGUCUGGCAGGAAGCCUCUCCUAUACAGCUAUCAGACGUCUUUACCUUGCCUGCCCGUCCCGCCGAUUAAGGACACUCUGGAGAGGUACCUGGAGUCGGUGCGUCCACUGCUGAGCGACCCGGAGUUCCAGAGGAUGACUGCCCUGGCUGCUCAGUUUGAGGAAACACUGGGAAACAGACUGCAGCGCUAUCUCAAGCUCAAAGCCCUGUGGGCUACCAACUAUGUCAGCGAUUGGUGGGAGGAGUACAUCUACCUCAGAGGUCGUGGACCAAUCAUGGUCAACAGCAACUACUAUGGCAUGGAUUUCCUUUAUGUCACUCCCACACCCGUCCAAGCGGCAAGGGCAGGAAACACCAUCACAGCCCUGCUGCUCUACCGACGCAAAGUCAACAGCGAGCAGCUCAAACCAAGUCGUGUGCCUGGUACAGUCGUCCCUCUGUGUGCGGCUCAGUGUGAGCGGAUGUUCAACACUACGCGCACGCCCGGAGAAGAGACUGGUAAUGAACACACACAUCUUCAAUGGAACAGACUGAGCUGCCAGGCAACUUGGUUCAUCUUCAUUUUCUGCUUAUUUCUCUCUCCAUCUCUCCCUCCAGAUGUGCUGCAGCACUGGCAGGACAGUGAGUUUGUGGCGGUCUUCCACCGGGGACGCUUCUUCCGUCUGUGGGUGUACAACGCCGGCCGCCUGCUCUCCCCCAGGGAGAUUGAGUACCAGAUCCAAAGGAUCCUAGACGACCCCUCAAUGCCCAGGCCUGGAGAGAGUAGGCUGGGAGCGCUGACCGCCGGAGAUAGGGUGCCGUGGUAUAAUGUGAGAAAGCAGUACUUCAGCUCAGGGGUGAACAAGCGCUCACUGGACUGCAUUGAGAAGGCCGCCUUCUUUGUCACCCUUGAUGAUGAUGAGCAAGGCAUGAAGGGAGAAGACCCGGCAGGAAACUUGGACCGCUACGCAAAGUCCCUUCUCCACGGAAAGUGCUACGACAGAUGGUUUGACAAGUCCUUCUCCGUGGUGGUGUACAAGAAUGGAAAGAGCGGGCUGAAUGCAGAGCACUCCUGGGCUGAUGCUCCAACUGUUGCACAUCUGUGGGAGUACACCCUGGCCACAGAUGCCUUCCAGCUAGGCUACACAGAGGAUGGCCACUGCAAGGGGGAGGUAGAGCGAUGCUUAUCACCCCCCCAGAGACUCAGCUGGGAAAUUCCCAAAGAGGUUCAGGAGCAGGUAUCAGUCUCACUGUCAGUGGCCCAGGCACUAGCUGAUGAUGUGGACUGUCACGUCUUCCCCUUCAGGGACUUUGGGAAGGGACGUAUUAAGAAGUUGAAGAUCAGUCCAGACGCCUUCAUUCAGCUCGCUCUGCAGCUGGCUUAUUACAGGGACCGAAAGACGUUUUGCCUUACCUAUGAGGCCUCCAUGACACGGCUGUUCCGUGAGGGGAGGACAGAGACCGUACGAUCCUGCUCCAACCAGAGCUGUGCCUUUGUCAAGGCCAUGGAGUGUGGAGAGGGAGUGGAGCAGUGUAGGCGGCUUUUCCAAUUGGCUACGGAGAAGCAUCAGAACCUCUACAGAUUGGCUAUGACAGGGUCUGGCAUCGACAGGCAUCUCUUCUGCCUGUAUGUGGUGUCCAAAUACUUGGGGGUGGAGUCACCGUUCCUAACAGAGGUGUUGUCAGAGCCCUGGCGCCUCUCCACCAGUCAGACACCGGUUCAGCAGCUGGAGCUGUUUGACAUGAAGAAUCACCCAGACUUUAUCUCUCUGGGAGGAGGCUUUGGCCCUGUGGCGGACGACGGCUAUGGAGUGUCGUACAUUAUUGUAGGGGAGGACAUGAUCAACUACCACGUAUCCUGCAAGCGCUCCUUCUCUGAGACGGACUCACACCGUUUCGGAGUCCACAUCAGACAGGCUCUACUGGACAUUUUUUCUAUGCUUACGGCAGUCAAGCCAGAGGUCCCUCAAGAGCAGGACAAAAAGCAGCAGUGAACACUUACAAGGAAAGAAAAUGCCAUUGGAGGAGGGUGUUUUUAUAGUCAUCAUGUGUACAAAGAACAACCUAAGAGAUUACAUGAGAUGGUAAAUUUUUCAUGCUAUCAUUCAAAACUAUCGUAUGUAAAGUUCUGUAAGAGAAGCAAUGGAUGUUUACAGAUGCUAAUUUGGGGUUAACUCUAAUCUCUAUGAAAAAAUGAUCAUAUCUCAUGUGAUUGGGUUGGGUUCAAAUGUAUUAAAGUUCUAAUUCAGGAAGUACAUAGAAUCUAUUUUCAAUGAUUUCUUGAUUCAUGAGAAGGAGAAGCUAUUUAGUUUAAAUGUUUUCUGGUUUAGAACAGCAUCAUUUUUUAUAUUUUUUAAUUUACUGAAUGUUAAUUUAAGUCAUCCCAAUCUUCUCUCUUAUUUAACCUGGGAUGAUCUGGGUGUGAAGUCAUAACGUUUCGGGAAUGCUGAUCCAGGAUCAGUUUUGCUCUUUCUGUUGUAACAAAAAUAUGAUUUUAUGGAGAGGGAUGACCCUGACCUGAGAUCAGCACAACUACUGAGACACUUUUUGAUUGCAGUUUUUAUAUUCAUGAUAUACGAGUCCAUUGAACCAGAACCAACAGGUUUAUCAGUGUUUCCCAUUCCCGUGCAAAAUCUGAAAAAAGUAGCUGAUUCAAUGAACCACUUAAUGAUGAGUUAAUUGCUGUCUUCAAAACCUGGGUUUGGAAAAUAUUGUGGUUUUGUGCUCGGAGUCCUGAUUCAUGGAGCCUAGACCAUGUUUACCUUUGUUACUAAGAGGCUCAUAUCAAUUUGCAUAUAAAGAAUUAUGUACAUUUAAAUGUGAUUGUAAAAAUGACUAAUGGUGAUGGUAAUAUAAAUAAAAAUACUUGUAA